AUGAUGGAAGCCUUCCUGUCCUUGAGCGAAACUCGCUCCAGAGAUCAGGGAUUUCCGUCCCAGCCCUCCGUGCCCUCCGCGCGGAGUGCCUCGGGUGCCCGUUUUGAGCUCGAAGCUCCGUGGACAGCCCUGUCUUCCGUACUUAGCAAGCUUGCUGUCUUGGGGUUUUGUGGAAGUUGUUUGGCUCUGCAGAGACGAAGGAUUCAGAAACUUCCUCGCAAAGUUGAAAGAGUGAUACGAGAAGGGUCCUACACCUUAGAUGACUUAUCGCGAAAGGUUAGGCCAACACCUGUGAAGCCAGAUGGGACUGAGCUUUCUCCUGGUGAAGUUCGACAUAUUGAGGUGCGGCAGAAGCAGAUUGCUGCAUUGAAUAAUUUCAUGUUGCAGAAGCACCGGAAGAGCAGGAAGAAGGGUAUUGCUCCGCAACUGCUGUACACGGAUGAACCAGAUAAUCCUUGGAGGGAUCGAUACCUGCUUUGUGAGGACUGCGAGAAGCGUGAAAAUCACGGCAAGUCUCCGCGCAAGAACUGCAACAAUUCCUCCUUGCUAGAGCUAGACAUGACAGCGGCCUUCUCACGUGACAAUGUCAUGGUGACCAGCUGUGAUAUUGUGCAGAUGAUUCGUGAAGAUGUUUGGGUGUACAAGGACAAGUACGGCACUUUGACGCGGUCUGACAAGAAGAAUGCAGCUGGUACAUUUCCUGUUCAGGUAUGCUGCGUGUGUCGAAAGACAAGCCUUGACGAGGGGAGGCGUUUCAAAAUGUGCAACGUUUGCAGAGGCGUCUCUUACUGCUGUGAAAGCUGCCGCGCCUCGCACAACCUGAAGCAUCAAGCCACCUGUGUGAGACCAUAUUUGCCGUACCGCGGUGAAUGGGGUAUACGGAAGGAACUCAGGGAGAUGCGUUCAGAGGUCUAUCCGCUCAUCAACACGUGGGCGCUGAAGGAGCCAGAGAAACAUCGCAUAGCUUGGCUGCCUCCCCCAGAGCACCAGCAGCGACUUCUAGACGCGCAGCGGCCAAGGAAGAAGGUAAGCCUUCCUGGAGGUGCACGGAAGCUUCUCGCAGCAGAAGGCAUUGCGAGAACAACCGUCGAGGGUGGGAAGAUUGUGCUUCGGGGUAAGUCGCCCAUGGCAUAUCGGCAUCAGCGUACCUUCACCAAGCAGGAAGUGCCGGAUCAGACCUUUCUGGACAUGGUCGGCAUGACUGCGGAGGAGUACCUGCAGAAGGACAUUGAGUUGCGCAGAGAGGUCGAAGCUGAGGAUAGUGCAUCCUUGUCAAUUGUCGAGGACACUGUGGAGGAGCCUGUAGAAGACUUGACUCUGAAGAAUGGCACCUUUGGUGGGAAGAAGGUGAGACCCCGAACCACCCUCCGAGGUAAUCAUAUUCCCAUCCCUGUGCGAGAGGUUCCCAAGGUGGUCUUGGAUGAGAGUGCGAUUGCUCGGAUGGAGGAAGCCGUGCAAAGUGGGGAGAUUGUGAACAUUGACGAAAGGCAGUUUGCCCCGACCAAGCCUGUCUGGGAGUUGCCCAGGGAAGGGCAAGCGAAGAAGUUCUGGAGCCCAGUACCCGAAGAAAAGAAAAAGGAGGGUGUGGUCUAUCCGGAGUCUCCUGUCAGGGAGCUUGCCAAAAAGCAUGGUCUGCGGCUCUCCGAAGACGCACUCGAACGCCUGGAAGCAGCCGCGGAAACAGCUGAGCACAAUAGGCACCGCAUCAGUUGGCAGAAGCCGCUGAUAGUGGAUGAUGCGCAGGAGAGGCCGGCUGAGCCUACAGACAGCCAGCUCAAGGUGAGCGAAAGCCCAGAUGGCAAGCUUGAAGGAGCUCCACAGGCUGAAGACGCCGGGGGAACAAGAGCCUCGAACUUCAGCCAGCAGCCAGAGCAGCCAGAAGACCCCGAAGCUCCUGAAGCCUCGGCAGCGGAAGAAGGGGAAGCUGUACUGGAAGGGACUGUGGGAGAGCUCGAUGACCUUGGGCUGCAGCUUGAAGCUCUCACGGAGCUGGGUGUGGACUUCGGUCAGGAGGGAUUUGAGGCUGCGCAGGCCGCGAAGCCAGCUGAUUUGGAUCCCGGCUUAGGAGAAGAUCCAGCUGGGCUAGGAUUCGAAAAUGAGAUGGAGUGUGCCCAGCAUGUCUUCUACUCUGCAGACUUGCAAGUGGCAGAGACGCACUCCGUGACAGGGCAUUCUAAGCCCGAUGGGCUUUCAGUCAUUGACGCGGUUGACCGGCUGCAAGGAAUCCUGGCUGCACCAAUGAGCAAGAUCAACAUCGGAGUGGUGUGCGGUGACUUGCGAGCUGACAAGACUUCCUCGGUGGCUGUCUCUGUCGACCGCAUUGAUGAGCACCUCAUCGCGACGGCACUAAUUCAGACAAAUGUGGUCGGGCCAAGAGCAAAGAUUUCACUGACUGCAGCAGAUCCCAAAGCCAAAGCCGCCGACGAGAUCCCAGCAGUACAGCCCAACGAGACUGCUGGAAGCAGCAAGCAAAGCAACAGUAGUGCAGACUCUCCGAAGAGCACUAAGAGCAACAGCAGUUCGGAGUCUCAGGCACCAGCCCCUGCCGUUGAAUCUAAUGCUUCAGCGAACAGCGCAACUGCAGAAGCUACGUCCAGCAAUAGCACGCACAAUGCUGGUGCAUCUUCAGAGAACUCGACAGCCGCAUCAGACAGCUCCAAAAGCGUAGCUCCUGCGUCCAACGCCACUGCGAACGCCUCUGCAAAGUCCCAGGCAGAGCCCAGCACGGCAACGCUGCCACCGGUAGCGAAGGUGGACAGCAGUUCCGAGGAGGUGGAGAGCGAGCAGGAAAGGCAAGCGGCCGAAGCUGCCAGGGAGGCGUCAGUUACGAUUUUGGGAUGGACGCCUGAUGACAACGCGACGGCUGCUGUCAACUAUGCCUCUACCUAUGACUUGCAGAAUUCCAGGGGAAGCGUUCUCCUAUGGACAAUGGCCGCAACAUAUGGGGCACUGACAGUGCUUGCGCUCUUGAUUUUCAUGAUCUGCGCCGAUAGGCAGAAACACGUGGCGCAGCUUCAGGCAGAGAAGGGUAUGGCUGCGAGGACGAAUGCCAUGCCCGGGCCAAUGCUGUGA